AUGCCCAAGAAAGAAACGACAAUCGAUGAAAUCAAGGUGCACUCCAGGUCAUUCCUCACUCGCUUUGGAACAGUGUUGUCAAUACUAACUGGCUUCCUCCUGUUUACAUACGUGGCUACCUUCUCAAAAUACGGAUACAGUAGAACCGGUACAGCACAUCACGCUUUCCUAGAUUACCCUAACGAAAUCUCAUCCAAAGAGGCUCUAGAGUUAUCGAGAUUCAUGCAAUCAUUAGACGCAAUGUGGAAGAAGGACCUUAGAAUAUUCUAUCCAUUUGAUAAAGAAAUCGAGCAAAGCCAGGAAGAAUACUGGGCAAAGGAAAUCGACGUCAAGGAUCCACACAAACGCAGCCAAGUCAUUCAGAACAUUGCAGAGGAUCUUGGCCUUCCAGCAUCCAAAUUCCCUGUGCAUUCACCCAAGGCAACUGGCGUCUCUGACGUUAUUCAUGGUGGUCUCCCCAAACCUACAGCUUCUGUCAAGAUGGGCAUUGCAAAUCCUCCAGAUUACUUGAAGAUCAAACAACCGCCACGAGCACAUGUGCCUGUUUGUGAUCCCUCUAAAUUGCACCAUGAAAAGACAAAGAUACUCGCCUUUUCUUCAAACCAAUUCAAGACAACAAAUAUUAAGCUGGAUGGACUCUUUAGUGAGGGUGGGCGCAUUAACAUCAGAACAGCGAGUGCAAUUGAGGAUAUUGGCAACGUCAAGGAAAACAUCAAAAUUAACUUUACAUUGCAUGCUCAAAACGAGGAAGUGCUGACUCAUAUAUCGAUGUCUGAGAUUGACAAUGAUGCCAAAGGCACCAAGAGUAUCCACAUCAAUAACCAUCAUCCCUCUGUACUAAAGUCUUGUUUGGUGUAUCAAUUGGACAUUGUAUUUCCCUCCAAGAUGAAUGCUUACGAUAGCAUCAAUUUGAUUGUGAAUCAUGCAAGUCGCAUAGAAGGUGAUUUGAAGACUGUGGUAUUCAAAGAUUUCUCGGUGGGUUUGGGUAGAGGCGCCAUUAAAUUCAAGAACCUGAAGGCUGAAAAUAUAAAGGUGGGUACUCUUAACGGCAUUGUGCUUGGUAAUUAUCUCCCUAUCAAGACUUUGGGUGCCGCUUCUGUCACUGGUGCUACUCGCAUUGAAAUUGCUCCUCAAUCCAAACAUGUCAAGUCAACUGUAGUCAGCUUGAACGGUCCUGUCAAGACAAUCUACACCAAAGAUAGCGAAAGCUUGUCCAAGAACAGCAACUUUAUUGCGCAUUGCUGGCUUUGUGAACCCAAUGUCAUCUCCGUAAAGAACCCCAAGAGUAUUCAUAUCACGUCGUCGAGACGUGCAUCUAUCAAGGUUGGCUACUACAAAGAGAUUUGUAGUGCACAUGUGAAUAUCCACUCGAGAACGGGCGAAUCUAAACUGAUCUAUAUGUAA